CCUCACCGGAAUCACGUGCCAUGGCCGAUGACUCCUCGGCCGAUGUACGGAGCCCAAGAAAUGGACUGGACAAGACUGGGAGGAAAAAAAACAGGCAGGUCAUUUCAAUUCUUCAUUCAUUGUUUCCCUUCCUGUCUCCUUUCAAGAGAGAAUAUUUUAAUCACCUUGUCUUUUCCGACCUCUUGUGUUCCCACGUCGACUAUCUCCCCUCAUAGUUACCCCUCCGUACUCUUCUUCCCCGCCAUGUCUUUCUUCAUUGAGAACCCCAAUGUGGGCGAUCAAGCCCAUCUGGAAGACUCGAGAAUCCGAGGAUACAACCCUCUCACACCCCCCAACCUCCUUCAACAUGAGAUCGCCUUGACGGAAAGCUCCCGGAAAACGGUCAUGGAGGGUCGUGAGGAGGCCAUCGCUGUCGUUCACGGUACCGAUACCGACAAGCGCCGCCUGAUGGUUGUCAUUGGUCCAUGCUCCAUCCACGACCCCGAAAUGGCCCUCGAAUACUGCGACCGUCUGUUGAAGAUGAAGGAGAAGUACAAGGACGAACUCUUGAUCGUCAUGCGAUCCUACCUGGAGAAGCCUCGUACCACCGUUGGAUGGAAGGGUCUCAUCAACGACCCAGACAUCGACAACAGCUUCAAGAUCAACAAGGGCUUGCGGACCUCUCGUCAGCUUUUCGUCGACCUGACGAACAAGGGAAUGCCCAUUGCGAGUGAGAUGCUGGACACCAUCUCGCCCCAGUUCCUGGCCGACUGUCUCUCCGUGGGCGCCGUGGGCGCGCGCACCACCGAGUCGCAGGUCCACCGGGAAUUGGCCUCGGGUCUUUCGUUCCCCGUUGGAUUCAAGAACGGCACCGAUGGCUCCUUGGACGUCGCGGUGGACGCCAUUGGGUCCGUGAAGCAUCCUCACCACUUCCUUUCCGUCACCAAGCCUGGUGUCGUCGCCAUUGUCGGCACCGUCGGCAACCCCGACUGCUUCGUCAUCCUUCGCGGCGGAAAGAAGGGACCCAACUUCAACGCACAGAGCAUCGCCGAGGCCAAGGCCAAGCUCACCUCGCAGGGCAUGGAGCCCCGCCUGAUGGUCGAUUGCAGCCACGGCAACUCCGAGAAGAACCACAAGAACCAGCCCAAGGUGGCUGCCACUCUUGCCGAGCAGAUUGCUGCCGGCGAGACAGCGAUCAUGGGUGUCAUGAUUGAGAGCAAUAUCAACGAGGGCAACCAGAAGGUGCCGCCCGAGGGCAAGGCCGGUCUCAAAUACGGAGUCAGCAUCACGGAUGCUUGCAUUCACUGGGAGGACACCGAGUCCGUGCUGGAGAACCUGGCGCAGGCCGUGCGUGCUCGCCGAGAGAAAUUGGCCGCCUAAAAUAGGAGCCAACCAGGGGUUUGAUAGACGGUUCUCGACGAACCUAGCUACCUUAAUAUUCCGGGUACCCUUUUUUCUUUACUUCUUCUCUUCUCUAAUGGUUCCAAUGGGCUUUGACUAUGAUAGCGAUUUUACAAUGAAAAGUACGGUUACAUUUUGGACUUGAAAAUUUCGGAUUUGAGAGCAGGGAUAGCCAGGUUUAUCAGAGGCACGCAAACUUUAAGCAUGCUUAAAUUGGACAGGGAUUCUUGAAAAGUGUAGCCAACCGGAGCCAAGCUUAUGCGGCUGAUGAUUUACUCUACAAUGCUGAAAAACAGGGAAUUAUGUCUUUUAAAUUCAUCAAUAGAGUCAUCCCUAAAACAUUCCAUGGCCCGUAGUAAUUGAGCCGUGGAGCCGACAAUGUAUUA